ACUAUCAUCAGGUAUGGGUUGAAAUCGUUAGUGAAUAUGUUGAGUACUCUCACCUGUCACUGUUCACUGCUGUUACUCAAAACAAAACUACUGAUUGGCUACUACCUCCAUUUUACCAUUGUUGUACAUUAUAAAUGAUUUAACUUUAUUUAACAAUGGUUUUCUAGGAAUGGCCUCUGUGACAUUGUGGUCUGAGGAGGACUUCUCCUGUUCCAUCUGUCUGGAUGUGUUCAACAGCCCAGUUACCACACCAUGUGGACACAACUUCUGCAGAGCCUGUAUUACAGUGUUCUGGGAUGACAUAGUCCAGUUCAAAUGUCCUGUCUGCAACGAGCUGUUCCACACAAGACCUGUUUUACGGGUUAAUACCCUCAUAUCAGGGAUGGUUGAUCAGUUUAGAAGUUCUGUACGAGUCAAAGAGCAGCCUUGCGUUGAACCCGGAGAAGUUCCUUGUGACGUCUAUACUGGGACCCAGCUGAAGGCAGUGAAGUCCUGCCUGGUGUGUCUUAUCUCUUACUGCCAAACCCACCUGGAGCCACAUCAGAGAGUCGCAGGCCUGAAGAAACAUCGGCUGGUCGAGCCUUUAGACCGUCUGGAAGACAGGAUGUGUAAGAAACACAAUCAACUUCUGGAGCUCUUCUGCCAGACUGACCAGGUGUAUGUGUGUCAGUUCUGCACAGUGACAGACCACAAGUCACAUCCUGUUGUACCUCUAAAGGAGGAAUAUGAAGUGAAGACGGCCCAGCCGGGGAAGAUAGAGGCUGAAGUUCAGCAGAUGAUCAAGGAGAGACAACGAAAGAUUAAAGACAUCAUAGACACGGUGGACCACAGCAAAGCAGACGCAGACAGAGAGAUAGCCGAUGGUGUUCAGGUCCUCACUGCUCUGAGUUGCUCUGUUGAAAAGUGUCUGGAUGAUCACAACAAAACGGUUCAAGAGAAACUGAAAUCCACAGAGAAAGAAGCUGAAGGCCUCAUCAAAGAGCUGGAGCAGGAAAUAAAAGAUCUGACCAAUAGAAGCUCAGAGGUGAAGCAGUUCACCCAAACUGAAGACCACCUCCACCUCCUCCAGACCUUCAGAUCCCUGAAGGAUCCUCCACCCACCAGGGACUGGACGACGAUGGAGGUCCGUCCUCCAUCAUACGUUGGGACCUUGAGGAGAGCCCUGGAUCAGCUGGAGGAGACACUGAACAUGGAGGUGAAGAAGGUGCCUGACCUGAGAUCAGUUCCACACAAGUAUAUGAGUGCCACCGUGUAAAAUAAGUUUGAGAAGAUAACCUUACAUUAAAAAAUGUAAUGCAAAAACACAUAGCAUGCUUGCACACUCACAUCCAUAUGGCCCGUCGGCCUCCUCGGGAACGGGACUCGGCUGCAGCGGUCCGUCCUGUGAGCGUAUCUCGGUCCGGUCCUCGGUCCUACACUGGACCCACACGUGUCUCAUUAGCCCGUCUCCGCCUCC